GUGCUUCUACUCCUGCUUCCUCCACAUCUCCAGCUCCUGAUGAGCAAAGGGUUAAAAGAGGCGCAGCUAGACGCCGGUGGAGAGCUGAAGUCAUCCGGCAGAGCGCACAGCGAGGAGGAGGAGGAGGAGGAGGAGAGACGCAGAGAACACCUCCAAAAACACCCAUCUAGGACGACUCAAGCUGCGGAUCUGCGCUCUGCUCUUCUUCCUUUAACCCGUCGUUGUGUUCCCUCUCUCACUCAGACCAUCCAGGAGGCUCGGGGAGGGGGGGGAGGAGAGGAGAGGAGAGGAGAGGAGGUGGGAUGAGAAACAGCUCAGAAACGCGCAGCUGAGCGCCCCAACUAUGGCUCCAACGACGCUCGUCGGGAAGCUCGCCCGGUCCGCCUCCCAGGAGCGGGCUGCCGUGCGGGAUGAGAGGUCCGCUGUACUCCACCGAGUGUGAGACCAGGAAGGAAUAUCACCUGACAGGCGCCCCCCCCCUCCCCUCCCCUCCCUCCCCUCGGGGUUACAGAAACAGACGCCCUCGCUCCUCUCAACCUGGAAACUGGAGGCUGGAAACGGCUCAGAUCCGCCGUGCGUCCAGUGCGCCCGCCCUCCUCCACUCUCCUCUCCUUCACUUCCCUGCGGGAGACCAACCGCGAGCCUCUCGUCUCUCUGAGCAACUUUGGGGGAAAAGUUUGGCCCCGGGAUUACCGCCGCAGAGCCCGUCAGUGUCGAGUGCUCCAUGCGGGGAGCGCGCUGAGGCAUCGUGCGCACUGGAAACACAGCCUCGGCGUGAUAUAUAGAGUCAAACUCCUGCAAAGUCUCUCAAAGUCCGGGGGCCACCGCAGCGAAGAUGCCGGUCCGGAGGGGCCAUGUGGCUCCGCAGAACACCUUCCUGGACACCAUCAUCAGGAAAUUCGACAGUCAAAGUCGUAAAUUCGUCAUAGCCAAUGCGAGAGUGGAGAACUGCGCCAUCAUCUUCUGCAACGAUGGCUUCUGCCACAUGUGUGGUUACUCGCGUGCUGAGAUCAUGCAGAAGCCGUGCACGUGUAACUUCCUGUAUGGACCCGACACCAAGCGGCUGGCCAUUGCCCAGAUGGCGCAGGCCCUGCUUGGGUCGGAGGAGAGGAAAGUGGAGAUCAACCUUUACCACAAAGAUGGUCACUGCUUCCUGUGUAUGGUGGAUGUGGUGCCAGUGAAGAACGAGGAUGGCUUGGUGAUCAUGUUCAUCCUCAACUUCGAGGUCAUGACAGAGGGACCAUACCCGGACCAUAAAGAGGAGCUCAACCACCGCCUGCCCACCUGGCUUGUCACCGGUCGUCCACGAGGCUUCAAGCUGCGCCUGCCAUUGCUGCGCUCCUUAUCCAACAGUAAAGCGUCUCUGGACGACACAGAGGCUGGUCAAAUCCCCACUGCUACACCCCUGCCGCUGCACCCGGACCACCAUAGUCACGAGUCCCUAGGCCUGGGGGAGUUUUUACCCCUUCCCCCUUUACCUUCAGACCACCAGGAGAAAAUCAGUGGAAGCAGGUCAGCUCUACAGAGUUGGCCAGAAGACGGCCAGGAGGACCAGCGGACCUUACUGAGCUCUCACCCUCCUGUGCCCCUUCCCCCGCCUCCCCACCGAACACACCCGGUGGGUCCCCUCACCCAGUCAUCACCCUGCGUAGCACCUCACCACCGCCUCAGCCUCAACCCGGACGGCUCGGGCUCCAACUGCACCCUGUCACACGGCCGCUCGCGGGAGAGCUUCCACAGCAUGCGUCGCGCCUCCUCCGUAGACGAGAUCGAGGCCAUGAGGCCCGACUGGGACCGAAAGAACCGGCGAGCGAGCAUCUGGCCGGGCAGUAGCAGCACUGGUGCAGUAAAUAGUAAAUCCAACAUAUUGAACUCCACAUCGGACUCAGACCUCAUGCGGUACCGCACCAUCUCCAAAAUCCCUCAGAUUACCCUCAACUUUGUGGAUUUCAAACCCGACCCACUCAUCGCGCUGCCCACUGGCGAGAUGGACAUCAUAGCUCCCUGCAAACUCAUUGACCGGACGCACCACGUCACAGAGAAAGUCACUCAGGUGCUGUCUCUGGGUGCAGAUGUGUUGCCGGAGUACAAGCUCCAGGCGCCGCGCAUCCACAAGUGGACGGUGUUGCAUUACAGCCCCUUCAAGGCGGUGUGGGACUGGCUCAUCCUGCUGCUGGUCAUCUACACCGCCAUCCUGACACCCUACUCAGCUGCUUUCCUCCUCAACGACCAGGAAGAGGUAGCCAUGCAGAGCUGUAUUUACUCCUGCUCCCCUCUCAACGUGGUGGACCUCAUAGUGGACAUCAUGUUUAUCAUCGACAUUCUCAUCAACUUCAGGACAACGUACGUGAACUCCAAUGAUGAGGUGGUGAGCCACCCGGUGCGUAUCGCCGUGCACUACUUCAAAGGCUGGUUCCUCAUCGACAUGGUGGCCGCCAUUCCCUUUGACCUGCUCAUCUACAGGAACGGAGAGGAGACCACCACGCUGAUUGGUCUGCUGAAAACUGCUCGCCUCCUGCGAUUGGUGCGCGUAGCCAGGAAGCUGGAUCGCUACUCGGAGUAUGGCGCAGCUGUCCUCUUCCUCCUCAUGUGCACCUUCGCCCUCAUCGCUCACUGGCUGGCCUGCAUCUGGUAUGCCAUCGGUAGUGUAGAGAGGAGUGGUUCGAUUGGCUGGCUCCACACGCUGGGGGACCAAUUGGGAAAACAGUACAACGACUCCAUCCAAGGUUCAGGGCCCUCCAUCAAAGACAAGUACGUCACAGCUCUGUACUUCACCUUCAGCAGUCUGACCAGCGUGGGAUUUGGAAAUGUGUCCCCAAACACCAACUCUGAGAAGAUCUUCUCCAUCUGCGUCAUGCUCAUUGGAUCCCUGAUGUACGCCAGCAUCUUUGGGAACGUGUCAGCCAUCAUCCAGCGGCUGUACUCUGGGACGGCCCGCUACCACACCCAGAUGCUGAGAGUCCGAGAGUUCAUCCGCUUCCACCAGAUCCCCAACCCGCUCAGGCAGAGGCUGGAGGAGUACUUCCAGCACGCCUGGUCCUACACCAACGGCAUCGACAUGAAUGCUGUGCUGAAAGGUUUCCCAGAGUGUCUCCAGGCGGAUAUCUGCCUCCAUCUGAACCGGACAUUGCUGCAGAACUGUAAGGCUUUUAAAGGCUCCACCAAGGGCUGCCUCAGGGCGCUGGCCAUGAAGUUCAAGACCACCCACGCACCCCCUGGCGACACGCUGGUCCACGCCGGGGACGUCCUCACCGCCCUCUACUUCAUAUCCAGGGGAUCCAUAGAGAUACUGAGAGGAGACGUGGUGGUGGCCAUUUUGGGGAAGAACGACAUCUUCGGCGAGCCCAUCAACCUGUACUCCCGACCAGGCAAAUCCAACGCCGACGUGAGGGCCCUGACCUACUGCGACCUGCAUAAAAUCUUCAGAGAAGAUGUCCUGGAGGUGCUGGACAUGUAUCCUGAGUUCGCAGACAACUUCUGGAACAACCUGGAAAUCACCUUCAACCUCAGAGAUACCAACAUGAUCCCCGGCUCUCCCAGCAGUGAUGACUCCAACUGUGGGGGAUUCAACAAAUUACGAAGACGCAAGUUAUCGUUCCGAAGACGAACAGAAAAAGACGAUGCAGAUGCCGGAGAAGUUAAAAAGUCUCAUAAGUCCGUGAGACGAAGACAGAGAGAAGUAGGCAACAAUCAAAAACAGGACGAGGUACCCAAGCGCCAGUGGGAGGCGCAUCGAAGCUCAGUGUCAUCGCACUCCAGUGGUGAUGAGGGGAUGGGGGCAGUUGUGACCAGACUUGCCCCUCCACCGGUAAUGAUGGAGAAUCCACAGGUUCAGGCUCCGGCCAUGAACUUCAACGAGAACGCUGAGGGUGAUGGAGACCCCAAGACUGGUAAUACCUGCAACGCCCUGUCAGGUGCAUUCUCAGGUGUGUCCAACAUCUUUAGUUUCUGGGGCGAGAGUCGGGGGGGCGGUCAGUACCAGGAGGUUCCCAGCUGCAGCCUGGCCUCCCCCCCUCCCCUCAACACGCCGCUGCACAGCCUGAGCCGACAGCAGCGCAACCAGCUGGACACACGCCUGGACCUGCUGCAGAAACAGCUCAACAGGCUGGAGAGUCGCAUGUCGACGGACAUCGGAGCGAUCAUGCAGCUGCUGCAGAGACAGAUGGCUCUGGUUCCUCCUGCCUACAGCGCCGUCUCAUCACCACCUCAGGCCUCACCCUACCCUGGUCCCAGCCCAGGACUAGGUCCAGAAGAGAGACAGGUCCAGCCUGUCACACCUCUGGAGACAGACACCCUGGCAUCUCUGUCACAGAUCCUGGAUUCCCAGGACUUUGAGGAGUUCCCAGCCAAGUCUCUCGAAUCUCUGCAACCCCAGGACCCCCCACUGAUCAGCACCAGCCAGGGUCCGCUCAGCCCCUCUGGACUCGACAGCCUGGGGCAGCACCUGGAGCUGGAGCUGGGACUGGGGACCGGGGUCAUUUCAGGGCCAGCAGGAGGUUCAGGAUCAGGGUUAGGGUUGGAUUUAGGAAGCGGGGCAGCAGUAGGGUCGAGCUUAGGAGCUGCGUUAGACUUUGGUUCGGGGGUAUGUAUGGGGGCUGGGGCCGGGCCAGUGGCUGGAACAGUGGUAUCUUCCCUGGAUCCUGAUACCCAAAGGAGGAUGUCCCUCCAAGAACCACAGACACCUCUGGACUCAAGGACACCACAGAGACACAGCUCCGACCCAGGGGGGAGCUAAGGAAGUGGUGACGGGGGGAGGAGGGUGGGAUGGAAGGAGGGAUACAGAGAAAGAAUGUGAGAGAUGUUUUAUCCUGCUGAUUCUGCUGUUCCUCGUGGCACUUUAGAGAUCAAGAAGCACCUACUGAACCUACCACCAAAACCCUUUAGGCACCCAGCUACUGUAUAUUCAUCGUUUCACCUCUGACCUCGAGGAAGGACACACAGCUCACAGAGAGUGAAGCCAGGCAAAGGGUCAUACAAAUGGUUGAGGCCUCUCUCUGCCUCUCUCUUCCACGAGUCUCCACCCCCCCCCCACAGGAAAAAUCUGGAGCUUUCUGAACUCCACAACAGUCCAACCUUUAACCAAAACCACAAACAGAGCAGAGAGGAGCUCUGCCACUUAAUGAACACAGUCCAGGUCAACACAGACUGAUCUGAAGAUCUCACUCAUCCACUGAGGAUGAUACACCUUCACACAAACAUACUUAAAUGACUGCUAACCUGUAGAAGAAUCCCUUUACUGCUGUAUCCAGUGUUGGAUGACUGACAAGAACAAGAAAAGACAACAACGGACAGAAUAAUGACGAAACAAGUAGCCAUUUACGUCUUGCACUGAAGAUCCUAUUGAUAUAAUGAUUAUUCUCUUCUCUAUGUCCGUGGCGCUUCCGAUAAACUCACAAACUGGUUGGUAAACUGUAGUGUUAGCUGGCCUAACAGGAAACCUGCUGUCCCGUUCUGUUAUUGGUUCCCUCCCCCCUGACGUCCUGCCCCCAAGAGGCGGAGCCGACGCUCCCCCUUCCCAAGAGCACACUGGAUUGGCUGGUUUGCACCUCAGGGGUGGGAACUGGAGGGUUAAAAGCCAUGAAUUUUCUUGAUGAACAUAUCAGCUGCCCUAUCAUAAACAUUGUACAGAUUUGCUAGUGAGUGAAGAACAUAUGGCAUGCUUAGGCAGCGUCCCAAACCGGUAAACUGGCAAACUUACAGGAUUACCAUGAGAACAGAGCACCAAAACAGCUAACUAUGAAUAUUAAAACAUGCAGGAAACCAAGCUCGCUAAUCCCACGAGCUAUGAGUUGUGUUUGACUAUGAAAAGUGAUGAAGUCAGCAGUGACACGAUACUGGCCUGCGUUGACGCCUAAAAAUCAAGCACAUGCGUAAAGGAAACAAAGUUUGAGUGAUUCUAGUUUAUCAGAGUCGAAUUUGCUACCUCAGAUUUCAUUGGUCCUCACCUUUCUCACCUGAGCAAGAACCCGGAAUGCUUUUGACUUGUACGCACUGGUCUGUCAUGUGAUACGUAAAUAUGUACAAGUUUGCCAGUUUACAAUGACCAGCCGAAUGCGCCAUUAUUCUGUGUACGGUACAAUAUGCAAACACUGGCAAGAAGAGAUGAGUGAGUGCGCUUUAAUCUUACUCUAUGUGUGAUAGGUUCAGCUCCAAAGCUUUUUAUCUGUGUGUUGUCCUUUUGUUUGUCUUUCAGUCUGCAGAGCAUGGCGUAGAGUACGUUUGCUUCCACACACCGUAGAGGAUCACUGGGUUCUAACGUUCAGGACGAAAUUUGUUUUCUUUGCCCCAAACUGAUUUUGUGGCUUGUUUGAACAGGCAGAUGACAGAUUCAGUGUUCGUGUAUUAAAUUUAGGCAGCACAAAUGAAAGCCCUUUACUGAAGGCCAUCUAAGGAUGCUCAGUGCUACGGCAGCGAGCCCAGGAUACUUCACAUUAAACCUAAACUCAUUACCGCCCAUUAGAAGUCCACAGAUACACAUCGGAUCCUGUCAGGUCAUGUUAGCAGGACACAAACACACUAGCACAAAGUCUCUGAGGCAUGACGGUGCACAAAUGGUGAUGACUUCUCCAUACGACCACUCAAUUUAUAUGAUUAGUUACUGCAGCUUAUGUACUGUACAGAGAGACUGACUGGCAAAUAUGCAUGCAUCAACCAGUUUAUCAUAAAAGCUAAUGGAGUCUUGUAAAACUCCUUCAUCAGACGUUACCGCUGCUCAGGUUUCACUCGUUUGAGUGCAGUGGUAUCACACCGCCUGCCGUAUGAAGUACUGCUGACUACCUGCCGCCACACCGCCACAGUUUACAAGCCAGAGGGAAGGUACAGUACCAUGAACUGAACAUCUUCAACUAGGCAUCCAUAUUUCAUCUUCCUACAUGUUCAUAUGUAACACAUUCAUUACAGUUGUGCCUCAUCAAAGCAGUGCAACACCUCACCCACUGCCAGACACAAGUGGCUUUUAGGAUCUGACAACUUUAUAGUGAGUGAUAUGAUUUCCUUUUUUUUUUUUUUAUGAAUGUUAUUUAGAUUGCAGUCGCACUGUAGGUGGUCAGUGAGCAGGAUGAAGAUGAAGGUUGGUUCCCCUUUAGUUCAACAGUAUCAGGAGAAAGGUAGUCCUUACAUUCUAGGAGUUACUGACGAUGAGAUCCUGGAACAAAGUCUUGAUAUGAUGUUUUCAAAUUAAUUAUUGAAAGUGUGUGUCUACGACAUGCAUUUGGAGAGGACUGACACCCCCCACCCCCCAAAUUUCACUAACCAUUAUCUAUAAACGGAAUAAAUAGCAAUGUAGUUUUAACUGUUAAGCAGGUGUAAGGGCAGGGAGAGAUGUAAGAAAUGAUAAAAGCAGGUGCGGUGACCGACUUUAUAGCAAGUCUGAACAACUUUUUUAUUGCUGCAAAAUCUGUCAGCUUCAUCAGUUCAGUUUUGAUUCGCCAGGAUAUAGGAACAUAAAAUAUCUGAAUUGUCUUCCCUGACACAAAAUUACACAGACAACCCUCUCCUGUGCCACACCAUGCAGUCAUACCAUGUUAAAGUGCAAUAGUCCUUUAAACAGUUAAGACUUGUAGCAGCUUAACCGCGUCCUUUCAUUUUUUUUUUUAGCACUUUAUUACUUAAACAGUGCAGAUGUUUAAUACAGACUCAGGAACGUGUCACUGAUGUUAGAGGGUUCAUUUUCCUUUGUGUCCGAACUCAAAACCACCAAUCAGAAGGAAGGAAAGAAAGGAACAUCCUGAACCUUAACUCUGGCAGAAGUCCCCUUUAAUGCAGGAUUUGUGACGAUUGUAUUUUGCUGCUUGCUGGUCUGAGCUAUUGUAUUUAUUUAUUGUUGUGGAUUUAUUACUGUUGUCUAUGGAUUUGAUUUGUCACUGUCUCGGGUUGAUGAACAACUCAUGUGGUAGAGCAGGUGAAGGCUUUCUGUAUAAACAUGUGUAACUUAUGUUCGUUUGUUCCUAAUCCUGACAUCAACAAUCGACAAUUCUCACUAUUUAUUCAGUAUUUAUGUGUGUCAGUGCUCAGUGAGCAGUACACAUUAUUUUCAUUAUUAACUACACUAAACCGAGCAAUUUCCAAAUGCACAAUACACAGGAUCUGUUUGUUUUCACGGUUGUUGUCAGUGUCUUUGCCUGUGCACUGAUUGGACUGCACAGCUGUAUGUACACAGCUUUGUAGAGGUGCACCUUAGUAUAGAACCAAAGCAAGUGAAUACCGUCAGAAAUAAUCAUUAUUGGCAUUUUUAACCUGUUUGUGAUUCAGCUCUGCAAGUAAGAAAAAAAGUAACAAAAGUAAAAUGCAGCUGAAUUCUGGAUCUGUGAUUUAAACUUCAACUGUGGUUAUUUUUUACCUCCAAAAUAAUUGUUGGAGUACGAUCAGGACGAUUUAGAAAAAACAAAAAAAACUUGAAUCCCAAGGAAUACUUGUACAGAUGACGGUGUUUUGGCACUUUGAGAAGUGAUUCUGGCUACUUUCAGAUGAAUGGUGUCACUGUACUGUAUCGGAGCUUGUUGCAGAGUUGCUAAAGUCCCUUAAAGGAACAGUUCACCCGGAAAGUAAAGUUCAGUCAUCAUCUCCUCCCCCCAUGCUGAAGGAAAGUCAGGUGAAGUUUCAUACUCCUCAAAACAUUUCUUUCUCCACAACAAAACAGCGGUGCAUCGUUCUCCUAAACAAUUCAAGUAGCUAGUUUUAAAAAACAACUGAAAAAAACUGGCUCCAUACAGCUCGCCCGGUGUAGUCCGAGAUCCCAAAUACAUUUGAACAGAUGUAAUUUACAACCUUGAUUUGCAGCCAAAGUUGUGUACCCACUUCAGAUGGAGAGAUGCGAGCCAACACUUUUAGCCCAGCAGCUACAGUGUAGAUUUUGACUUCAAAACGGGUGUAAGUAACAAUUUCUAUCAAUUGGGGAUCUCAGAGAUUCUAAGGAGUUGGAUUAUUCCAGACGAACUAUCUGGAGCCAUUUUGUCUUUAGUUUUUGAUUUUUUUUUUUGGUUUGGUCACUGAUUACUUUUUUCCUACGUUUUAAAAAAAGUCUCCAGCUCCUUCAGUUGUUUAGAAGAAUGCUGCAAUGCUGUUUUGCUGUGAAGCUCCAGAAAUGUUUUGUGGACUCCAAAACUUUACCUUGACUUUUUCACCGAGGGUUCGGGAGAUAACGACUGAAUUUUCAUCCUUGGGUGAACUUUUCCUUUAAAUGUGAGUGAAUGCAUCACAGAUGUCCAAGUUGAUAAGCUGACAUUGACCAAACCUACUGAGUUCUUCUUACUACUGAACCCUAUCUGCUUGUUACGUACGUUUUAUUGGGUUUACUCUUCAGACACACGCCAUCGCCAUCAGUUAGUUUUCACCGGUCUCUGCCUGUGGUCACCAGGAUAACAAGUCUCUUAUCCAGUAAACAUCCAGUUCUUUAUCAGUGAGUGUUUGUUUUUUUUUGUUUUUUCCAGUGCCGUGCUGGUUUCAGAAGUGGGCUCUCCUCUCCAUGUCACACACUGUAGCGAGAGUGUUGUUAGUGUUCAAUAACAGUCACCUAGUGGCCUGAACUGUAUCUUCACAUUCAGAACUAUGACCUCAAAACUAGAAUGUGGUUGUUGUCGACUUCUUCUCUGACCUUGUAUGUGACAGUAGACCUUAGUGGAAUAUUCCAUGCUAGAGAAUACAUUUAUGUAAUGCAUACUGCAUAUUAUAACAGCAGAGGGUGCACUUUGAAAAAGAAC